GUCCGCCGGAGUAGUUUCACUUUGCUUGACGAAAAGGCUAGUCGUUAUUCUGCUCUAAAAUCGAAAGCGAAAUCGUGCUUUCGGUUCUUUGAAUCGGUUUAGUGUUGUUGUUAAGAUCCCGAGGUUUUGUUUGGGCGGUUUGACCGAACUUUUAAAGAGUAACCGCCCCGGAAACAGACGUAAACAUGGUUGGCUAAGUUUGAAAGCUACAAUGGUUUGACUUCAACACACGUUAACCUGAAGGCUGCUUGAGUGACCCUCACAUGAUGGACAGAAUGUCACCCAGACAGAGUCAGAUCUGCGGCUCAUGGGAAAUGAAGGAAAGACUUGGGAUGGGGGGGUUCGGUAAUGUCUACCUCUACAAGAACAUUACCACCAAUUCCAAGAUUGCUGUAAAACUUUGUCGCCUGGAUUUGAAUUCUGUGAACAAGGAUCGAUGGAGCAGAGAGAUUCAGAUAAUGCAGAAGUUGAAACAUGUGAAUGUUGUUCAGGCGACUGAGGUUCCAGAGGAGCUAAACUCGAUCGCUUUAAAUGAUCUCCCUCUCCUGGCAAUGGAGUAUUGCUCCAAAGGAGAUCUGCGCAAGGUUUUGAAUAAGCCAGAAAACUGUUGCGGACUGAAGGAGAGUGAAAUCCUCUCACUGCUGAGCGACAUUGGCUCUGGUAUCCAGUAUCUCCAUGAAAAUAAAAUCAUCCACCGAGACCUUAAGCCAGAGAACAUAGUCCUACAGGACUCUGCUGGGAAGGUUGUCCAUAAAAUCAUAGACCUCGGUUAUGCAAAAGACCUUGACCAAGGAAGUCUGUGUACAUCGUUUGUAGGAACCCUGCAGUAUCUGGCUCCAGAGCUGUUUGAGAAUAAACCAUACAGUGUGACCGUGGACUACUGGAGUUUUGGGACUGUCAUCUUUGAAUGCAUCUGUGGCUUUCGACCGUUUUUACCCCACAUGCAGCCCGUGCAGUGGACGAGCAAGGUGAAGACCAAAGGACCCAAAGACAUAAUGGCCGUGGAAGACAUGAAUGGCGAAGUCAGAUUCUCGACACACCUACCGUAUCCCAACAAUCUCAGCAAGACACUACGGGAGCCUGUGGAGUCUCUACUACAGAUGCUGUUAUUGUGGGAUCCUGCCACACGUGGUGGUGGGGUCAAUCCUGAUACAAGUAAACCAGAGUGCUUCACUGCUCUUCUGAAUAUUUUGGAAAUGAAGGUCAUCCAUGUGCUUGAUAUGACGUCCGCCCAGCUGCACUCCCUUACUUUAGAUGCUGAGGAUAGUUUACACUCCCUCCAGCUUCGCCUGGAGACGCAAACUCAAUCUCACAUUUCCCCUCUGAGUCAGGAACUACUCUUGGAUUCAGGAUUCACCCUUGACCCACGCUGGCCCCCGACUCACUGUCUACCAGAAGGACUGCGAGGCUGGGACAGCUUCAUCAUUUUCCUCUUCCACAAGAGCCUCAAUAAAUACUCAGGGCCUCUCACAGCGAGACAACUUCCUGACAGUGUCAACUUUAUAGUCAGGGAGACCAAGACUCAGCUUCCACUGACUGCUUUAAGGAAGGUUUGGGCCGAAGCAGUGAGCUACAUCUGCGGCCUCAAGGAGGACUACAUUCGCCUCUAUCAAGGGCAGCGGGCGGCUAUGCUCAGUCUGCUGCGUUACAACACCAACCUGACUCGGUACAAGGACCUCCUCUUCUCCCACUCACAGCAGCUCCGAGCCAAACUGGCUUUCUUUAAGACCAGCAUCCAGCAUGACCUGGAGCAGUACACCAAGCAGACCCACACUGGCAUCUCGUCCGAGAAGAUGCUGAAGACAUGGCGGGAAAAUGAAGUAAAGGCAGAUGAGUACAAUAAGGUGGCUGAUGUUGGGUAUUUGCAUGAGGAGAUAAUUGCACUUCAUUCGGAGAUUGUGGAACUGCAGAGGAGCCCAUUGUCCCGUAAACAAGGGGAGGCCAUGGAGCAGCUUGAAAGUAAAGCCAUCGAACUGUACAAGCAACUGAAAGCUAAAUGCAAAAGUGCCGACCCGCCUCAUGGCUACAGUGACAGUUCAGACAUGGUGAAGACGAUAUUGAAGAUGGUUCAGAAUCAAGACAGAGUGCUGAAAGACCUGUACACUGACCUGAGUUCGAUUCUGGCGUGUAAGCAGAGGAUUGUCGACUUGUUCCCGAAGUUGGAGAUGGUUAUUAAGGACAUAAAAACAGCUGAGGCGGCUGUGAUGCAGUUGCAAAUGAAGAGGCAGAGGGAGUUCUGGUAUCUGCUCAGGAUAGCCUGCGCGCAGAAUAAUAAUACACCAACCAAGGCUGUAUUGCAGCCAUAUCUAGAAAGUGAAAGUAUUCAACAGCUACUGGAUGAGAAUGAGUAUUAUCUGAGUCAGUUCACGUCUCUGCUGCACAUCUCCAGCCAGGAGUUGGAGCACACUGUCAAGGAUCUGGACUGGAGCUGGACCAAGCCAGGAGCAGUCAGUACUGGAGAAGAAAUUUAACAAAAAACAAAACAAAAACUUUUUUUUUUUCUACAUUGUUAUGCAAUUUUAAAUGUUCAGUGUGUAAGAUGAAGUGAAGAAUAAUUUAUUUUUACUGUGAUUUAACUGUGUUGUAUGUGCAUGUUAGUGAUGUGACUGUUUUAUUCAGGAAAGAUCAUGUUUAUAUUGACUCAUAUGAAGCUGCAGAAAUGGAAAUAAAGAA